AUAUGUGACAAUCAAAAACUUUAAUAAUAAAAUUAAUAUUGAUUAAAUACUUAUUUAAAGGAAACAUAAUUUAUAUCCCUAUUUUUUUCAUAAAAAAAAAGGGAAGAGAAACCCAAUAUAUAAUAAUAUACACACGCAAAAAAUAUUUUUCAAACAUCGAGAAAAUGUCAAAUACGCUCUUAACUGCAGCAUUAAGUGCUGUUACGAAUAGUAAUGUUAUUUCAUACGGUGAAUAUAUUAAAAAACGAAAUAAUGGUUAUAUUCGAUUGGAUCAUGAAUAUUUUCAUCAAUCGCAUUUAAUUCGUGGUAAAGUGCCAACCGAUGAUAUGAAUAUCGAAUUACGAAGUUACGUGAUCAUUAAAUCAUCAUGGGAUAAAAUUAUAACAGUAGAUGUUGAUUUAAAUGAAACAAUUAGUCAGUUAAAAGCAAAAAUUCAAGAUAAAGAAGGCGUACCAAUUGAUCAACAAAUAUUAAUUUGUUCCGGUAAAGUAGUAGAAGGGAAAAUUACUUUAAGAGAUUAUAAAAUACAAUAUGGAUAUACCUUAUAUUUAUUGAUAUUAAGUGAUGGUGGUACUUAUGGGUUAUUUAUUCAUCCUGAUAUGCUUGACCGAAAAUAUGAUUAUGAUUUUACAAAUGAAAAUGAUGAAGGAAUAACUU